ACACACACACACACACACACGGGAGGAGGGUUUCGCUGACAUGUCGGGAUGUCGUCCACGGAGGGAAAACUGGCUCCGCUGGCUCUGAGCUAACGGGUUCGACUAGCUAGCAGCUGGCUCCGACACCGAGCGUCUCAGAUUUCAGGCUGGGAGAGAAGCCGAAAACCCGGCGGAAAGCGUCGAGCGUCUUGACACAGUUAAACUCCGUCUCAGGUCGUCCUCUGCUGGGUUUGUAUUCUUAUGACAGAUCAGACCGCCGCAGCGUCUUGCUUCCCUCUCGUCGGGCUGCUGCAGAUCUCAUCCCAUGUCUGAGCUGUGGGCCUAACAUUAGGCUGAAGGUUGGAUCUGUCCAAUGACCUGCCAGUCCUCGGAGUCCACAGAAACCAUUGAGAGCGACAGACGAGCCAACAGCAACGCCAGAGCUGUGGAAUCAGACGAGAGCCGCAUCGCCUUAGCCAUGAAGGAGCUGAAGAACACAGGAUGGUACUGGGGCAGUCUGACCGCUAACGAGGCCAAAGAGAUCCUGCAGGACGCCUCAGAGGGCACCUUCCUGGUCCGGGACAGCUCUCAGAGGGAUUACCUGUUUACCAUCUCUGCCAUGACGUCCGCGGGUCCCACCAACCUGCGAAUCGAGUACAAACACGGUAAAUUCAAGCUGGACUCUGUGGUUCUGGUGAAACCGAAGCUGAAGCAGUUUGACAGUGUGGUCCACCUGGUGGAGCACUACGUCCAGCUGUCCAGGAACAGCGACAAGGCGCCGUCGAACUCUCAGCCCUCGGCGGCUCCGCCCAACGGCACGGUACAGCUGCUGCUCACCAGGCCGGUGUACAUCGCCACGCCGUCGCUGCAGCACCUCUGUCGCAUCACCAUCAACAGAACAACACGGCGGGUCCAGGAUCUGCCGUUACCCAACAGGCUGAAGGACUACCUGACAGACUACACCUACAAUGUGUAGAGACGGGGCAGGACUGCAGUUCACUGUGGAGUAAAACGAGUGCGGUCAGUCAGCACUGAUCAAUCCCAUCAUGCCAGCGAGUCACAUGGACACGCAGUGAGAAACCAGGGGACCAGGUCCCUUGGUCUACUCCACGUACUGCACUGCAGUAAGUACUGGUACUGUGUGUAUCUGCACCCCUCAGUACUGCUCUGUGGUAGAAUAACCGGCCACAAUGUGAGUUUAAAAACACGGCGCCUUUACGCCGCGCAGAGAACCACGAGUCACACACGUAACCUCAGAUCUCUGAGGUGCAGAGCGUCACCUGAGACUCUGGAGUCCAGGCCGUUCAGUUCUCUGUUCAGAAGCUGCGCUCACACGAGGCCUGCAGCUCAUUAAUUAGCCAACCGAUCGGCCCAUCGUAGCUCUGCUGAGGAGCGACCCCGGACCUCAGGGACACACCGGAGGUAACGCCUGCUCGUGUGCU